CCUUUGGUGGAGUCCUGCUUACGUUCGGAUUGAUGACCAUCCUGUUUUUAGUUUAUCCCAACCAUCAAGAUACAUCCACAUCCCCCUGAGAUUUCUCAAUGCAAAUCCCAAAUCCAUCGAUCCAAUCCCGGCAUUCGGCGUGCAGCAUUCGAAUCGCUUAUAUAGCCGAAGGCCUUCACCGGGGUCCUUUGGACCCAUGGAUGGCCUUCACCAACUCCGGCUUCUUGGCGCCGCCCUUCAGCGUGUCGGAGGUGAAGAGCGCAACGGUGUCCUCCACCUUCUUCUCCUCUGUAUUGGGGGACCUGUUGGUCCAGGACUGGGAUCAGCUUCCGCUCCGACCGCGCCUUGGUGGAGUUGCCGCCGCAGAAGGCGGACUUGUCCACAAGCACCACCUCUCGAUAAACGGCCCAACACUGUUAACACGAUGAAGAAUCUUCC